AUGAAUUUGGAGCCGGGGGAAGAAGGAGUGUAUCGGUAUCAUCGACAACUGGACAACUCCAGAUUGUCAGCCGAUGCGAAGAACCCGAUCUUGAUCCUACGGGACCACGAACUGGCAACACUGAUAGCUCGAGAGGUUCACAGGAUGAAUAUGCACAUCCCGCAGACCUAUCUCAUCGCAGCCAUCAGACAAAAAUAUUGGAUACCACAAGUGGGAACACUUGUAAAACAGGUGAUUCGAAGGUGUUCCAGGUGCAGAAGACAGGUGGGGGAGACCGUUCAGGUACUCCUAUUCCAAAACCCUGCCGUCGUGCAGAACCACACCGGUCGCUCCGUUUGCUCAUGUGGGAUUGGAUUAUUUCGGUCCAAUCACCUACAGAACGCUAAGAAACAAGGGGGAAAAAGCAUGGGUGAUGCUGAUUACGUGUUUGCUCACAAGGGCAGUUCACCUUGAGCUGGUCCUCGACAACUCGACGAUUUCGUAUUUGAUGGCGAUGUCGCGAUAUUUCGCUAGAAGGGGAGUACCCAAAUCCAUCGUAUGCGACAACGCCCCGUCAUUCAAACUGGGGAACGAAAUGAUCAACAAGGACAUCCGGGAUCGAAUCCACGGAAGUCAUGAGAUGACGGUGUUCCUCGCGACGAGAGAAAUCGAAAUCAGAAACAUAACACCCCUGUCACCAUGGAAAGGAGGUGUGUACGAGAGGGUGGUAGGCCUCGUAAAGAGACAGUUUUAUAAGACAGUGAACAGAUUCAAGUUAACCUACGUGGAACUUGAGUCAGUGAUGAUUCAAAUUGAAGGAACUCUCAACAAUCGGCCAAUAACUUCGACUUCGGCUGAUGAGAGAGAUCCAAUCGCCUUGAGACCAAUCGAUUUGUUGCUUCCGCAGGUCCAAAUAAGUAUUCCUCUGCAGACCCAGGAGUCGCAGGGAGCGACCACGGAGAAGGUGACGAGAGAGUAUUUGGCCGGACUCAACGGAGUAUUGAAAAAGUUGUGGGUGGAGUGGAGUCAAUUAUACUUGGUCAACCUGAGAGAAUCGCAAGGCAAGGCGACAAACUCCACAGCUACAAUCCCAAAGGUGGGGCAAGUAGUCUUAGUGGAAAAGGAAUUCUACCCACGUCACAAGUGGCCGUUGGGACGGAUCCUGAAAUUAAAGAAGGAACCGGAUGGGGAAGUCCGGGCAGUGGUGCUAUGGUCGAAUAACACGACCAUAGAAAGAUCAGUGAAGCAUCUGAUACCACUCGAAGUCGACCUGAACGAAGAGGAAACGCGAGAACAGUCCAGGGCGACAGAUCCCAAAGGGAAAGAGGACGGGAGUACGGUAGUCAGAGAAAGAUCAUCUCAGAGCGAGGGGGCUCGGACUACAAGACACAGCCUACCGAGAAAAGUCAAAAAAACCCAUUGACUACAGAAAAAUGGCCGGCUGUGCCACUUUUUCGCCGGGGGAAUGUCGCGAAGUUCAGUCUAGAAAUGACAUUCCUCACGACUCAUUGUGUUGGUAACGUAGCCGAAGGCUCCGAAUUACCAACGCCAGACUACCGUCUGUCACUUCAUUAUGUUUUACUAAUAGUUACGGUGUUCAUCAUCACCGGAGGAGAGAGAUCAUCUGGCGUGCAGAGACGCAGAGAGAAGCCGAGAGGGACUCAUGCCGCAGUAGAGACACAGACAGCGGCUUCGACCGUACUGUCGAGCGUGGCGAGACCCAUGGCCGCAUUGCGGAUGCGCCUUUAAUAAAUUCUUGCAGGUAGAUCGAGCACUCCUCCUACGACUCAGUAGUCAUCGUCUGACGGCAAGGUGGAAGGUGCGCGACGAACAAUGUCGGAGGCCGGGGCAGCGGCCGAAGACUCAAUUCUCCUGUUCGACGCCAUCAUCCAUGUUGACGCCAUCUGUUGAUUAACUCUUCUUUUAUUUAUUUACCAUCACAGUCUGAACUUAGAGCGAGAACCUGUGGGCGCGAGGGGGCGCGAGGACUCACCGAACCCGAGACAAAGCGAGAAUAUCGCUCUGUCGUCGACGGAUCGCGUAGGCCCGGAGGAGUACCGGCCUAUGAGACCUGGAGCAGGGGGGCUCUGUUUUCAGAAUCUUUAUUGUAAUUCAUGUGCUAUCGGUGUAGUUUCGGAGACGCCCGCCACGAGACCCAGAGGUCUCGUAAGAAGGGUGCAGAGGUUUUGUAGCCAGGUGUCUUUUGCUCUGACAAUAAAUAUGUUCUCCGAAAAACUCCUGUUGAAAUGUUGAAGAGGGGUCACAUAGGUGACUAUUAACCAAUCGUCGAGCAGUUCUGGGGUCCAUCACUAGAAGUAACUCGCGAAACUUUUGGUCCACUGAUUCCGGGUUCUUUAGUCUCCCUUCGGACACUUUUUGUCUAGUCCAUCUACCUGAAUUGAGUUUGGUUCGAGCUCAAUCGAAAACAAGCUCAUCUCGUUUCUCUUCUCUUCCAUUUCCACUUCCUUACGCGAGUUGUUGGCUCUCAAUCAAAAUUUGUAAUUGGGUGUGGGUGUGGGUGCACAAAACCCUCGUGGCUCUUUGAUCUGCUUCCACCCGCUAAUAAUAAAGCUGCUGCAUAUUUUUCAGAAUUAGCGAGGAAUAUAUCUCAAACACUAAACACUUUCUACCCAUUGUUCCGACUCGUUCAAGAACCUGGAAGUAGGCAAUAACACUGGAAAACGUCGACUGCAUAUCUCUCUUCCGGCUGCUUGGGAAUUCUGCAAAAAGUGCACAAAAAGGCUUAUCCAUUAAAAAUGCAUCACUUUUGGAGUGUACAGUGUGCCAAAGACACUCCUCAUUUUUUUUUCGUUUUUGCUCAAAAUGAAAGCGGACGGCUUCUGCGAAAGAGUCGAGGAAUUGUGGCGGUACAAAUGUACAUUGUGCUCUUGUUCCCUCCGGCACACACACACACACAUACACGAAUUUCUUAGAUUAUCCAUUUUUUAUAUGUGGGGUGUUUAUUCCCGUGCCAGUGUGUUCUCAACCGACCACAACAAUCCAAAAAGUUCUUGACGAACGCUUUGAGAAAUUGUUGCCGAAAAACAAGAAGACUUGGCCCGUUAACGGGGGUUCAGUUUAGUCAUCUUUCGCUCCCGACUGACUUGUUUUGUGUUUUUGCUUGAAACUUACCUCGUUUCCUUUUCCCUCUCCUCUCUCCCCCGAUCUUCUGACUUUUCGCGGAUUCUCAGAACCUGAAUUGCACCGAAAACACUUGAAUAAUUCAUUAAUUAAAGCGCCGUCUUCAUUUCGACCUAUCUCCGAUUGUCCGUCCGCACGUUUCUCGGUCUCUUGUCCAGCAGAAAACAGACGUUGUCGCAGUGGUCCAGUUGCACAUUACUAAUUGAAUCCGACCCAUUAUUCGGUGGCCCGUCGGUAACCAAAACGUGCCAUUCUUUGCACUGGAAUGAGCCCCCUCAAUUCUUCUCGUUUUCCGCCCCAUUUGUUUGUUCUUCCAUCUUUUCACUCACUAAUUUGAUGUUCUCUAAUCAUUGUCCGAGAAGCAGGUGAGUCAAGCGAUAGACCAUUUCCACGAGAUUUCAGCUGCCAACUCAUGACUCGAAAUGUCGGCUCAGCUGAGGUAUUCAUUCAUUCGCACGGAUUGGCUGGUCAAAUAUUCUCGCGAUCUGAAUGUAUAACCCAUCAAUUAUUUGCGAGCUUGUGGGCGGAGUCUCUUUCGGCCAACUUUCGCGGCCCUUUCAAUUCCUUCCUCUUUCGACGCCUUCUACUUUUCUGCAAAUUGGGCCUACAAAUCCAGCUUUGUAGCCGGUAACCCAGAAAUAUGAGUCAGAAGGAGACAAUCCGUUUGAUUCUGACGUGUUGAGCCGAUUCCAGAAGGGCGUCAUAACAUGCCCACACCGUUCUAAUCCACUGCUUCCUACAAUAUCCGCUGUCUAUCACUUCCUUCUCCGUCUCGUUUCCAAUCAACCGUGUCGAUGCUCUGCGUAGAAAACUGCCUCAAAAGUUCACUCCUUUUCCCUUUUCCCCUUUCGACCCGUCACUUUACAUCCAAAUUCGUUUUUAUGAUGCUCUUCCUUUCGAUUUCUGAACGCCAAAUCGGGCCCAAAACGGGCCGCCAUCUUUUCUUUCGCUCUUCGAAUUCCAUUAAAUGAAAUUCAAUCUCAACUAUAAAUUCCGGCUGGAUUUUCAGCCAAAACAAAUUGCCCAUUAGUUUGCUUUUCUUUCGCUUCCGGAUUCCGUGCUCCGCGAGCUCUUCUUCUUCUUCUUCGAUCCGAUCAGGAGGCUAACCCGUUCAUUAUUAUCCUUCACCACUUACUUUUUUGUCUAUAAACAACUGCGAGCCGAGCAGAGAAAGUGCGUAGACACGCUCAUUUUGUGAGGAACAAAAACAAAGAAAAAUAUCGGAUGGUCCCCAGCAUUUUUUCCCCGCUUCCUCUCGUUUUCAGCUCGAUUACCCACUUUCAGAUGAUUGAAAUCAACGACACGUGCGCCGAAGAUCCGCCGUCCGCAGACGCCUUCCGAAUGAUUUUGAUCGUCGGGAUCGGCACUGCCGUCUGCACGAUCGGAAUUGUCCUCAACACGUUCCUGCUCCUCUCGCUCCGCCGUCUCGACAUCUGCCGGUCCAACUUGCUCUAUCUGUUCCUUCUCGCUUGCCUCGACAUUCUCGUUGAACUCUGCUUCAUGGUGAGUCUUUUGUUCCGCAUACCGCCGUCUGAAACUAAUCCAAUUAAACGUUGAUUCUGAAUUCCACCUGCACUGGCGGGACUAAGAAAGCAGAAAGCACGUUUGUUGGUUAAUCAAAUUGUAGCAAAUGCGUUUUGCGGUCCGCGGGUGACAAAAAGGCAAGGUGCAAAGCAAAGUGUUUGGGCUCAGAAGAAGAAACGGAAAUGUUCUUUGAGUGCGUAGGAAGUUUGAAUUGGCCGGAUGGAGGGGGAGUAAAGACAAUGUUGGGAGCAGAGUUGAGCGGAAUAGGAAUAGGUUUUUUGAAAAGGCGGAGGGAGGAAACCGGAGGCGGAAUGAAAAAACCGGCCGAAAGCGGAAGGCGGAAUUCCGCUCAACUCUGGUUGGGAGGCAAAAGUUCAUCUGAAUCUCGCGUUCGUUGCAGCUGAUCUUCCCGUCUUCUCUGGUCUGGGACUUUUUCAAAGUGGAGUUCCUGUACACUUGCUGGCACUUCUACAUCAAGUACGUGUCGACAGUCGGCCAAGUGCUCAUCGCCGCCUCCACUCUCCUCAUCGUGGCCGCUUCUUUCGAACGAUACGUUUGCUCUUUGAAGUCUUCCAUCCAAUUCUCGCCGAAGCGUCGUUUCCUGUGCAUUUGCAUAGUGGGCGCGUGUGCUCUUUUCAUGAAAGGAUCCGUCUUCUUCGAGUUGGAACUACAAGCUCUGCCACAUUGUCCGCCGUUCCAGAAUCUGAGAUUGGAUCUUUCUGAAAUAACGAGAAGGUACUGACUGAGAGCAAGGUAGGUGUCAGACAAUGUUCGGGUUUCAGUGAGAGCUACAAAACGAUAUGGAUGUUCUGGUGCCGUUCGAUUUUCAACGUCUUCCUUCCGUUUGCUCUCCUGCUCCUGCUCAACUCCUUAACAAUUGCCAAUCUCAACAAAUUGCACAUGAACGGAUUCCAGUCAGUGCUUGUCGAGGUACGAAUGAGUAGCAGUCGCCGUCACUCUCCAUCCGCUUCUGUUCUGAGCUUCCUCUGUUUCUGUGUGGCAGUGUGACGUGGCAUUUCAGACACGAUGCCAAAGUCUCGCGACUGCUGCCGCUGCCUGUGAUCCUCCGACCGAAAGCAACCCCCCGUAUGUCUACCGUCCUCUGAUUGCCACGCAUCCCUCAAUGACGUCAUCCACCAUAGACAGCUUCUCUUCCAGCGAUGUGAGCUUUCGGUUUCUGCACGUAGACUGCCGUGAACUUUCCCUCAGUUGCCUUCCCUACUUCUCUUUGCCUUCCCCCGAAUGAAUUCUUGUUUCCAGCAGAUGCCUACUUUGCUCCGUCGCAAUUCGGAGGCGUGUGCGGCUCGGCGUCGGAAGAGGGACGCGACACGCACUCUCGCAGCGCUAAUCACUAUCUACCUGCUGACUAACACAUUGAACCUGCUGAUAACCAUAAUGGAAUUCAUCAACCCCGAUGUACUCGGCAGUCUGGGGGAAGGUUGGACCUACAAGUGAGCGAGAAAGACGUUCUUAUCGGUGUGCAUGUCAUGAUUUCACUGCAGAUACCUGGCAGACCUGUCUUCCGUGCUCACAAUCUCGUCGACGGCCUUCCGACUGCCGGUCUACUUCCACUGUAAUGGAGACAUUCGCGCGCAAAUACGCGACUUCGCACGCAAUUGCUUCAUCGAAGAAAGCGAAAAAAACAAACUGGUAAUCACUCGGAAUCACCCUGAAAUUCAAUAAUAAUGUUUUCUUAAUUCAGAAAAAGUUAACAAUGCCAAUUGGAUCAUCGUCCACAGAAUCCGUGUUAUGA